AUGCAAGUUAACACCCAAAACUCUGAAACUUAUCAAGAGUGGUUGCUCAAGUCGUACAUCGAUCAGAUGUCUCAGACACAUACAAAUACCGCCCUGUCGUGGCGCCGGUUGUACUUGAGCCGGGCAAAACUCAAGGCGAUCAGUCGAACGUCUGCGUUACUGUCUGGUUUUGCUAUGGUGGCCAUGGUUGAGAUUUCAAUAGACAAUGAUGCGCCGGGUGGGAACGGCACAGAAGCCAAUGGUGGGGAAAAAGCCAGCAGUGAAGCAGGAGUCCCAGAAUUGUUGCUGAUCGUCUUCGCUAUUUGCACAACUCUGCUAGUCUCCGUCCACCUCCUGGCCUUAAUGAUCAGCACAUGUAUCCUUCCCAACAUGGAAGCAAUCAGCAAUGUCCACAGUGUUCAAGCGGUCAAUGAGUCGCCACAUGAAGAAAUGCGGCUGUGCGUGGAGGUCGCCUGGGUCUGUUCUACGGGGAUUGGAAUUCUUCUGUUUCUUGCGGAGAUAGCUAUUCUCAGCUGGGUAAAAUUCUAUCGACUGAGUAAGAAUGCAGCGAUAGCUUCCACUGCUAUUGUCAUCCCCGCAGGAAUCAUGUUUAUCGUUUUUUCAUUAGUGUUUUAUAAAAGACUAAUGGCUCAUAAAUACCAGAGCCAUUCGGAGCGGUUACGACAGCUUGAUGAUUUGGCAAGAGAGCUCCACACCAAUGAUGAUGGCAUCCAUAUUGUUUGA